GCCUAAAAGCUGCAGGUAUUUGUCGUGUAGUUGUUUGCCGAUCGACAUACAUUGAGACAGUGAGAGUUGACAAUGCAUUUAUCCGAUCUGGGAUAUAUAAUGCGGAUACACAUACACGUAUAAAUCAUAGAGAAUUUUCUGAAACCUAUCCUCAUCAUUGCCUGAUUCUGAUUCGUCAUAUACACACGCCCAAAAUUCCCGUUCAAGAUGCGUUUCACUAUUCUCCCAUUGUUCUUUCUCGCCUCCAAAGUCCUUUGCGAUGGCCAAGCAAUCGUAGAUGCCAUUUCAGAAAUCUCAAAUACAACCACUUCUCUCAACCAAACCGUCUCUAGUUGGUCCGGCAGCCUCCUAACCUCCUUCCCCAUCGUCACCCUCUCCGCUAAACUCCUCAUCGACAUCAACACCGGCACCUGGGUUGCUUCUUCCUCCGCAAAUCUCACUUUAAUCGAAACCAUCACCAUCGCCACCGCGACCCAAAACCUCGUCACCGUCGUAGAGGAAACUCUCGACACGAUCGUAUCUGCGAAACCAAAAUUCGACAAGCUACUUUUCAGUCCGCUGAUCUUGUUAAAUUUGGUAGAGGAGCAGAGUGCGACGGAUAAGUUUAGCGCAAAGAUCAUUGAGAAGAUUCCCGCAGCUUUUCAGGAAACGGCGAGAACUAUUGUGGCGCCUGUUGAUACGGCAUUUGAUGCGGCCAUUGCGGAUUAUAAGUUAUAAGGGAAUCAAUGACGAUUGAAAGACUGGUGAUUGUUAAAUUAGGAGUGGGAAAUCGGGUGCGAAAAAGGGAGUGGAGAAAAGCUGGGGGACUAAGCGGUGUUUGCAGACUUCUCGAGUCAAGCAGGAAUCUAACGAUGAACACUGGGGUGCGAUUGAGAUACUAUCGAUUAUCUUGACUAGGAAGCUGCAUAUGAAUGGUAAUAAAUAUUAUCUCUGAUACGAUGCGUGAUCACAAACCCAAAUAAACGUGGAUA